AUGUUUAUAUCUGCUACUUUUUCUCUGCAAAAUGUUUCAUGCUUUCAUUCCUUGUUUUUUCAGAACUAUACUUCACACUCCCCCCCUGGUGAUGAAUUCCGCAGAGUGAAUGCUCUUAUCCAGCAUCAAAACAAUUCCAGUUGGUGUCCAGGUGCAAUUGAUAGACAUAAUGGCAGGAGGCAGCAGAGGCAGCAGCUCAAUCAGAACCCCAUCAACCCCUCAGAAUAUGUUUGCCAACAAGUUUACAAUCCCCCAGUACUGCCCUCAGAAAUCGAGUUCCAAUCUGAUGAGCCAAAAUCUUCACUGCAGGAAGCUCCCCAUACUAGGGAGAAGAGAAAGUGGUCCUCCUCCCUGGCUGCAGCAGCUUGCAGGAGUUCCAAACGAAGGCGCAGUGUUCGUUCCCCUGUUCCUGUUCCAGAACCCCCCCCACCAAUAGCAGCUAGAGAUGUGGAUGAUGUCAACUUUGAUCCAGAACUUACUGACUUUGCUGGAGAAAUGGAGAGGCUCAAGCUUGGACAACCAUUCCCACCAAACCUUCUCAUUGAAUGCAACUCAACUUGCCCACCUUUGGAAAACAGCAGCCUUGCAGUGCAUGCACCCUUGCCCCUGCCGAAUGCAUCCAAUAGGAAAGACUAUCCUAGGACCACCACUACCACCAUUAUGGGUUGCAAAUUAAACUCGGAAAUCGGUAAGGUGUACAACUUUCCAAUGGAAGAACAGCAAAGGCAAUUUUCAAACCAAUUCCUUCCUGCAGACAAAGUCUUAGCCAAAAUCCAUUUCGAAUGCUACCAAGCUGGAUCUCCCCUCUACCUUCCAGACAGGAUUAUUGGGAUUCUUCAAGAAGCAAAUUGGACAUAUGCUGGAUUCCAUCUUGGAAGUCCUUACAUUACAAAGAGGGAAUCACUUCUCAAACGCAUAGAGAAAACUGUUGGAGCAACCCAUCGCAUCUAUUGCGUUGACCUUGGUGCCCAUCUUCAGGGUAAUGCUUUCACCCGAAAAGGCAAUUUAAAAGGCAAUUUAACUUCCUGCACCAGUUUUGAUAUAAUUUGGACAGCAAUAGAUGACUGGCCAGGACUGUUUCUGGAAUCUCCUAGCUUCCUGAAAGUUAUGAGCCAAACAUCUCCUGACUAUGGUCCAUCGAUUUCCACAACUGAUUCGCCAUUCUUAAACUCAAGAUGUGACAUCUGA